AUGGUCAUGUUGGUCUCCAACUUUCUGCUGCUUAUUUCGUGCGCUGUUGCACAGUCGGUCGCCCCUGCACUUCCCACCUCGAACUCUUGUGUCAAACGAAGCAUCAUCGUCUACACUUCCGAUUCUUCAACCUACUUUGUGACUGACGUCGGCACUUCGAGUUUCCCAUCAACGCCUACUCUCUGUGCUAAUGCCUCCGUCUCUACUGUUCUUACUACGCAGCCAGCUUCGACUGUAACGAUUUAUUCGCAAGCGACGUCGGCUCAACAAUCUGCUGGCUCUCAGACUUCCGUCAAUUCUGUUCUCACAGACGAUAGUUUCGAGGAUGGAACAUCUAGCCCUUUCAAUUCCUCUUCUUCAGGGUCGUCUGUAACGGCUGAGGUAGUCCAGAGUGGUGUCUACGAGCCUCAUACUGGUGAUAGCUACCUUCUCAUCUCUUUCAAUCAGACCGAUCCAGCCCAGAGGCAGGCCCGUCGUCAGACCCCGGGACUAGAUACGCCACUUGUCUACAAUGUCACCCAGGUAUUUUCAGCCUCAGCGGGUCCCACGUACGCAUUAACAACUUGGGCUGCUGUGACGACACCAGCCGAUAAACCAUAUUGUUUCUUGACGAUAUGUGGAGACAACGACUGUAGCUUCGCCGCUCCGAUCACAACCAAUUAUACACGCUUCUCUUACGACUACCAAUCUUCUAUCGAUGAAUCUGGCGCUGUUGCUACCUUCCAAGUGGCGUGCUCCACUUCUGCCUAUGUGGCGUUGGACGACGUAUCUGUCACAAACAAUGCCUUGGCUGCAAGUGCUAGCAGUGCCAGCCCAUCUACCGCUACUACCACAAUCUCCAGAACAGCCACUGUUGUGCAGAGCCAGAUCUUUACGCAAAUUGAGACAACGACGUUCGUCAGCGGCUCUGAAAUUGUGCUUACCACCACAGUACCUUCAAUCGUGUAUCAAACUGUCAACAAUCCGACUACAGAAACUAGAACGGUGUCAACCGUUCUUCUGUCAACUCAAACAGCCACUACCACAGUCCCGCAGUAUGUGAACAUCACAGUCUCGAGUGUUUCGACCAUCACCAAUUUCUUGGAUGCGCAUCCUGGUGGCAACGUGGUCUUGCAACAAGUCGCAGGUCAAGACGCCACGACAGCUUUCUACAAUUUGCACCGACAUGAAGUUUUGCAAAAGUACUCAUCUCUAUGCAUUGGCACUGUGCAGAACGAAACUCCGGAAGUGAUUGAUCCUCAACCCGGCGAUCUCAGCGCUGUACCAUACGCAGAGCCUACUUGGCUCAGCCCCCAGUUCACCAGUCCAUACUACACCGAUUCACAUCGCAAGUUCAGAAAGGGCCUCAGAGAAUUCGUGGAUGCGGAGCUCAAACCAGAGGCACAAGAAAAAGAAGCCGAUGGCACCUAUAUCAGUCAGGAAAUGAUUGACAAGAUGGCAAAGAACAAUAUGCUGGCUAUGCGACUCGGCCCCGGUCAGCAUCUGCACGGCAGGAUGUUGCCAGGCGGCGUCAAGGGCGAAGACAUCGACUAUUUCCACGAUCUGAUCACAUGUCAGGAACUAGCUCGGGUUUUGUCAAGAGGCUUCCAAGAUGGCAAUAUGGCAGGCAUGUCAAUCUCUCUCACUGCCGUCAGAAGCUGGAUGAAAGACGUCAAGCUAAGAGACGCCGUCACGGAAGAAUGCCUGAGUGGAAAGAAGAAAAUGUCGCUUGCCAUCACGGAGGCUUUUGCUGGUAGUGAUGUCGCUGGUCUCCGCACCACAGCUGAAAAGUCCGCUGAUGGUUCCCACUACAUUAUCAAUGGCACGAAGAAAUGGAUAACCAACGGCAUGUUCAGCGACUACUUUGUCGUUGGCUGCAAGACUGUCAAAGGCUUCAGCGUGAUUUUGGUUCCAAGGGAUGACAAUGUCGAGACCAAGAAGAUCAAGGUAUACUACAAUCUCUACUCUACGGCUGCUGCCACGGCCUUCAUCCAAUUCGACAAUGUCAAGGUUCCCGUCAAUCAUCUCUUGGGCGAAGAGGACAAAGGCUUCCAGGUCAUCAUGAGCAACUUCAACCACGAACGCUGGGCAAUGACAGCAGCAGUGAUACAAUGGAUGCGAGCCGUCACGGAAGAGUGCCUGAAGUGGAGCAAUCAACGCAUUGUCUUUGGAAAGCCGCUCUCUGAACAACCAGUCAUCCGUGGAAAGCUCGCGCGCAUGAUUCAACACACAGAAGCCACCCAAGCUUGGCUCGAGCAAAUCACGCAUCAGAUGAACACCAUGUCCUAUCAAAACCAGAACAAGUAUCUCGGCGGGCCCAUCGGCUUGCUCAAGUCCUUUACCACUCGCUGUGCCCACGAAGUCGCCGAUGAUGCCUGCAACGUCUUUGGAGGUCGUGGAAUUACUCAAGGAGGCAUGGGAAAAGUUGUCGAGCAGUUCCAUCGCACGUAUAAGUUCGACGCUAUCUUGGGUGGCACGGAGGAGAUUUUGAGCGACCUGGGCGUUAGACAGGCUCUCAAGCAGAUGCCCAAGGCAAGGCUGUAG